AUGAAUAAAUUAAUUAACUAUACCAAUGAUUAUUUAAAAGAUACACAACCAGCCAAAGUUGUAUGUUAUACAGCUGGUAUCACUGCAACUUCAUUAUUAUUAUACCAAACAAUUUCAGAUAGAGAUUUUAAAGAAAAUUUACAAAAGAAAUUAUUUAAAACUUUAAGAUCAAUGCCAGGUGUUAGUGAUGUAGUCAAAAAAGAAAGAGCCAAAGCUAAAGAAAACUUAAAGAGUAUUUUCAAGACUGAUGUUAGCAAUCCACAUUAUACAUUACCAUUAAAAGGUGUAUCACAUGACGCAUUGGUUAAAGAAAUGAAAAAUUUAGCAACAGUUGAUGAGUCACAUUGGAAAGAUUCAAAGGUUAGUGGUUGUGUUUAUUUGGGUGAAAAGGAACAUACAGAUCUCUUAAACGAAGCCUAUUCAUUAUUUUCUUUAAGUAAUCCACUCCAUCCAGGUGUUUUCCCAUCAAUUCGUAAGUUUGAAACUGAAACCAUCUCAAUGGUUUCAAACAUGUUAAAUGCUCAUCCAAAAGUAGUUGGUUCUUUAACUAGUGGUGGUACCGAAAGUAUUUUCAUGGCUGUUAAAGCUUAUAGAGAUUUUUAUAAAGAUAAAACAAAUAAUCCAGAAAUUGUUGUACCAGUAACAAUUCAUGCAGCAUUUGAUAAAGCUUGUGAAUAUUUAAAAAUUAAAAUUAGACAUGUUCCAGUUGAUAAAAAUUAUAAAGUUGAUAUAAGUAAGAUGAAGAGUAUGAUUACAAAAGAUACAAUUUUAGUUGCAGGUUCAGCAGUCAAUUUCCCACACGGUAUCAUUGAUGAUAUACCAGCUAUCGCAAAAAUUGCACAAGAGAAUGGCAUUGGUUGUCAUGUUGAUGCAUGUUUAGGUGGUUUCAUUUUACCAUUUGCUGAGGAAUUAGGUUACGAUAUUCCACCAUUCGAUUGGAGAGUUCCAGGUGUUACUUCAAUUUCAAUCGAUACUCAUAAAUUUGGUUAUGCCGCUAAAGGAACCUCUGUAAUUUUAUUUGGUAAUAAAAAACUUAGAAGAGCAAUGUAUUUUGUUGCACCAAAUUGGCCAGGUGGUAUUUACGCUUCACCAACAUUGCCAGGUAGUCGUCCAGGUGGUUUAGUUGCAGCUUGCUGGGCUUCAUUGGUAGCUAUGGGAAGAGAUGGUUUCAGAGAAAAAGCUAAAGGUGUUAUGCAAACUACAAAAAAUAUUAUCGAAGGUUUAAAAUCAAUUCCAGAAAUCACCAUCAUUGGCGAACCAAAGGCUAUGGUCAUCGCAUUCACUUGCGAUAAUGUAUUCUAUGUUAACGAUUAUAUGUCAAAGAAAGGCUGGCACUUAAAUGCCCUCCAAAGACCAAACUCACUACAUAUUUGCGUAACUGCUAAAAUGCAAGGUAUGGAUAAACAAUUCAUUGAUGACCUUAGACAAUCAGUUAAUGAUGUUAAGGUUAAUAAAGAUAAUCUCCCAAAAGAUGGUACUGCACCAAUCUAUGGUAGUGCUCACGGUGUCCCUGAUAGAGAAAUGGUUGGUACUAUUUUAUCUGACUUUAUCGAUCAAUUAAUUACAUCAGAUCACAAACCAUCUCAAUCAACCUAA